GAUACUUCUACGUCGUACGCGUACGGGUCGUACGAUUGAACGAUUGCAGCGCCGUUGUAUCGCAUCUUGCGAUCACUCGUGUAGUAAUAUAGUGCGCUUGAAACGUGAUUGUCGAAGGUACUUUUUCUUAUCAUUAAGCUGCUAAAUAUCGGGCAAAUUAUCAGUGACGAUGGAGAUUCAAAUAUUGACCGCAAAGUCAUCAAAAUUCGUGGCCAAUGUAUCCGUCAAGCCAACUACAACAAUAAAAGAAGUUAAAGAAGAAUUAUAUAAACUGAAGAAAGCACCAAAUAUUCAUAGGCAAAGCUUAAGGCUAGAUGCUAAAGGAAAAACUUUAUCUGAUUCAGAUUCUCUAAAAAGUUUAUCUGUUUCUGAUGGUGGAAAAUUAUAUUUCAAAGACCUUGGACCACAAAUUAGCUGGAAAACUGUGUUUCUUGUGGAAUAUGCUGGUCCUUUAGUCAUUUAUUUAUGGUUAUACCAACGUCCAUGGAUCUUUUAUGGUGAUGUUGAUACAUCUAAAAUUCAUACUACUGUUUCGGUGGCAGCUGUUUGUUGGAUAGUACAUUAUGCAAAGCGGCUCCUAGAAACAUUAUUUGUACACCGAUUUAGUCAUGCAACAAUGCCAUUACGUAACCUAUUUAAAAAUUGUAGUUAUUAUUGGUUGUUUGCCAUGUACGUAGCGUAUCAUGUAAAUCAUCCAUUAUUCACACCUGCCAGCCCAUUAAAAUUUUAUAUUGGCACAACUAUGUUUGCACUUUGUGAAUUGGGAAAUCUGAGUAUUCAUAUAGCUCUAAGGAAUCUGAGACCAGCAAAUUCUACAGUAAGGAAGAUACCUGUAGCGACUGGGAAUCCAUUCACUGCACUAUUUAAUUUAGUUUCAUGUCCGAAUUAUACUUACGAAGUUGGUAGUUGGAUUGGUUUUACCAUCAUGACUUCUUGCCUUCCAGCUGGUCUGUUUACAUUUGCUGGUGCAUACCAGAUGACCCUCUGGGCAUUAGGAAAACACAAGGCAUACAAGAAAGAGUUUUCCAACUAUCCAAAAAGCCGAAAAGCUAUCAUUCCAUUUGUGUUGUAAAUAGUAUGCGAUAAUCUGCAUUUAGGAAUAUUAUAUUGGUGAUCCCUUUGCUUCAUAAAUUCACAUUGAGCAUCAAAGUCUGCUUUACGACUGCGCAAGAAAUCGUCGCUGGCAC